GGGCAUCUUUUGGUGAGAAACGAUUCUGGCUUUAGCUACCUUGUCCUUUACCAAGUUAUAUACGCAUAAAUAACCCUAGUUGAAAGCAAACGCAUCAUCAUCAGUUGAGGGAGAAAGCAGCUGAGCUAGCUUAGCUAUAUAUUACAUAAGAUAGAAAAGAAGAGGGAGAAAUUAAACAGAGAUCGAGAGCAUCGAAUCGAUCGAUCAUUCAUCAAAUUAAUUAGUCAGGGUCUAGGGAUGGCGAUUGGGAAAGUUUGGCAUGAGUUAGAAGUGGAGGUGCCUGCGAGUGAAGCAUGGGAGCUCUUCAGCACGCUUGCACUGGCAAGAUUCGUGGAACAACAACUUCCAGAUAUGAUUGAAAAAGCUGAAGCCAUACAUGGUGAUGGAGGGGUUGGGACUAUUGUCCAUGUCAAAUUUGCAUCAGGUGCUGAACACAAGGAAAAGUUCACAAAGAUUGACAAUGAGACGCGAGUGAAAGAAGCGGAGGUGAUUGAAGGUGGAUUUCUGGAUUUUGGACUUAGCUUAUACCGGGUUCGGUUUGAAAUCAUAGAGAAAUUAGGAGUUGCAGGUGAUUCGGAACCCUCCUGCUGCUGCAUCAUCAAAACCACAGUUGAAUAUGAUGUCAAGGAAGAGACGUCUGAUGCUUCCAACGCCUCCUCACUUGUCUCUAUCGAGCCAUUCGUUACCAUUGCAGAGGCAGCAAAGAUCCACCUCAUGAAAAACAAUUUGUACUCAAUUAAACAGUUCCGUGAAUAUCAUCAGUUGAUGCAGUGUCAAAUUAAUUUGGAUCGAUCUGUCCUAAGUCCUACCUCAAAAUAUUAUCUACUUUUAAUAAGUGUUUCAAGUUGGAUGAACUGCUCAUCACUGAAGAUCUUGUUUGUUUCUUCAGAUUCUGAAAUUUUAAGAAGCAAAUUUAGCAACUUGGAAUUAAUUUUGUUAAUGGCUUAUUGGAAAUGGUUUUCUCAGGGCAGGUAUGACGCAUGAAGCUGACUUUCUUUUUCAGGUUAAUAAAGCUUCUUUAUCCGAUGCUCCACCAAAUGUUUACUAAAUUAGUCCAACUUAAUCCCCAUAAUUAGUUCAAUCCGAGAUAGUCCGAUGUAACAAA